AUGGCUGCCACAUUCUCGACCAGCGAUAGGGAUCGCUACCGCCCGAUUCAUGACCACCCGAACCUCUGCCAGUUUCUCCUGAACAAAGUAGGCAGCAAAUCUAUUCCUUUACGUAUCGCUGCCUCCACUGUUGUGGGAGCUGGAUCGGGACUCUUCGUGGAUGAGAACGUUGCCGAGGGGCAGGAGCUCUUCCGAUCGCAUCCACUUCUCACUGUGCGAAACCCGGAUAUCGAGGAUGUCUGUGACGCUUGUCAGAAGAAGGCUUGGCGGAUGUAUCACAAGUUGGAGUGUGCGACACUGAAACAGAAGCCAGACCUUCCGGUGCUUGAUGUUGCUCUGAUGAGAAUUCUCAACUGGUUCAAGCUUGGCGCAUUGGAACCUGAGGGAAUCACAGCUCUCAGAGCUCUCGAGAUGCACCUUGACAAGCAUUGUCGGUCUGAUACCGAGAACGGCGAAGGCCCGCCAUCAGCUCUUCUCUCAGCUCUUGAUGCCAGAAUAAAUACCGAAUCACCCUGCAGCCUUGACGUGAUUCAGGAGCUCUGUUGCAUGGCGGCUGAGAAGGAGGCAAACCUGGGCACCUCUUUUGACUACGUCGUUUCUCUCAUCAAUCAUUCAUGCGACGAGAACACACAUAUCUUCUUCGAAGGAAAUGAGCUGCGUGUGCGGUCAGUACGGUCACUGAAAGCCGGAGAUGAGAUCUUCGUGUGUUAUACCGAUGCUCGUGCCGAUGUGCUGCAACGCCGAGACGAUCUCAAGAAGUUUUUCAGGAUCGACUGUAACUGCAACAAAUGCAAGGAGGAGAUCAAAGAUCAUCUCAAGGAGAUUGGUAGCCGCAAGAAACCCCUACAGCAUCUGCGGAAAUGCCAAGACGGACUCAAAAAUCUAGAGACCAAGAUGUCUGACAUCUACUGGAAUCUCUAUCCUCGCGCAGUCCAAAUGAUCUACAGGUUUGAGGAGGACAUGGCCACGCUCCGAAAGAAGGCGUUUCUCGAUGGUAAAUGGCCGGCGCAUGUGGAGCCCUUGCCGUCCUGCAAUCGAACUCUCGCAGCCAUGUACAAUGACAUGAGAAACGCCGUGGCUUUAAAGUUCUACCUUGCCGGCACCCUCUACACGCGCACCCGGUCUGGCCGGGCCUGGGUCCUCGAUCUGUUCGAAGUCGUCCGCUGCCUCAUUCGUAUGACGCAGCACCCGGACGAUAGUCCGAUGUGGACGGUGCAAGGCUUCCUCGAGCGUGAUGAGCUGCGGGAUGUCGCGCGAGGCUACCUGCAGCAGGUCUGCAUUGCCGCAAAGACGGUAUUCGGACUUGAUACCAAGUUUGUCUCGGCUCUCUACAAGUUCGCCAACAAGCUGCUAGACCACCCCGGUGAUCCUACUGUUGGCACCGCGGCCUUCGUGGAGCGCUAUCACAUGUCGCAGUUUCGGCUGCUUGAUUGGGCUGGGAUUGAUAAAGUAUCAGCGGUCGCAGUACCGGAUGCGCAGGCCGUUGCGGUCAUGAGAGAGGACAUCAAUACGCUGACGGACAAGGGCGAGUGA